AUGGCCCAACCAAGCCCAGGCCUAAACGUGAUCGCCCUAAUAUCAGGAGGAAAAGACUCCCUCUACUCAAUCCUCCACUGCAUCCGCAACGGCCACCAAGUGGUAGCCCUAGCAAACCUCUACCCAGAGCCGUCCCCCUCAACCACCAAAGCCGACAAUGCCAAUGACGAAGAAGAAGACAUCGACAGCUUCAUGUACCAAACAAUCGGCCACAGCAUAAUCCCUCUCUACGAAGAAGCCCUCGGCAUCCCACUGUACAGAGAAGCUAUCAAAGGCAAUGCAGUUGAUACAUCGCGCAUCUACAAAAACACCACCACUACCACAUCUACAUCUACAUCUACACCCGAGGAGGCAGAUGAAACAGAAUCCCUCAUUCCACUCUUAACAAGGAUCAAAAGGGCCCACCCAGAAGCAAACGCCGUCUCAGCAGGCGCAAUCCUAUCAACAUAUCAACGCACCCGAAUUGAGAAUAUCGCCGGAAGACUAGGUCUCACGCCUUUAGCCUGGCUAUGGCAAUAUCCAAUCCUUCCAGCGCCGGAAGCACGAAUUGCCGAUCCAUUGGCUGUGGCGCAGGCGGGGUUAUUGGAGGAUAUGGCUGCCGUGGGAUGUGAUGCGAGGAUUAUCAAGGUUGCUUCGGGGGGGUUGGAUGAGGGGUUUCUUUGGGAGGAUGUUUCUGGAUCUGCGAAUGCGGGACGGAGGGUGAGGGGACGGAUUGGGAAGGCUAUGGGGCGGUUUGCUGGGGGUGAGGAUGUGAGAGGGGCUGUUCUGGGUGAGGGGGGUGAGUAUGAGACUCUUGCGCUUAAUGGGCCGGAUUUCUUGUGGAAGGGACGGAUUGGGGUUGACGCGGUGGAUGUUAGGGUGGGAGAGGGGGGCGUUGCUUUUGCUCGGGUUGUUGGGGCUAGAGUGGAAGUUAAGGAUGGUGGUGAUGGGGUUGCUCCUGGGGAUGUUAGGAGGCCUGGGUUGUUGGAUGGGGUUUUUGAGAAGGCUUUGGAAAGGGACAGGGACUAUGAGGAGGGUUCUGAGGGUGCUUCGGUGGUAACUGGGACAAGUGCUUCGUCUCCUGAGUGGACUGCUUGUGAACCUGUGCACCGACAGACUGGUUCGUCGUGGACUAUCUCCAAUAUUGUUGCCCCCGAGGCUGGUCCUGGGACAGGAGAGCAGAUGAAGGGUAUUGCAGACAAGGUCGUGCAAGCGUUGACGACCGCCUCACCGGCCGAGUCGGGUACACGAUCAACAGAUGACAUCGUCUUUGCUACCGUCCUGCUCAACUCAAUGGGCGACUUUGGUUCCAUGAACGAUGUCUACGUGUCGCUCUUCAACAAACCCAAUCCUCCUGCGCGAGUUACAGUCGCCUGCGGAGACCGUCUACCAUCCAAUGUCAAAGUGAUGGUCUCCUUUGUGGUUGAUCUGUGUGCGAGAGACCUGCGUCAAGGCCUCCACGUUCAGUCGCGAUCAUACUGGGCACCAGCAAACAUCGGACCAUAUUCACAAGCCAUGUCUGUUCCACUGCAGAACAACAGCAGGUUGGUACACAUCGCUGGCCAGAUUCCUCUGGACCCUGCCUCUAUGGAGAUGGCACAAAAAGAACAGUCACCGUUUGAAAACUACCGUCUACGAGCUGUGCUAGCUCUCCAGCAUCUUUGGAGGAUUGGUGAAGCCACGCAGGUUGACUGGUGGCUUGGUGUCGUGGCCUUUUUGGCUCGCGGAGAACAAGCUGCUGCUCAAGCUCAAGUGGCCUGGCGCCUCUGGGAAAACAUGCACGCUCUACCCAACAAUGAAGAUGAAGAUGACGACGAAGGUCCUCAACUGGAUGCGUGGGAUCUCAAGUACGGACGUCGCACGGAAGAAGUGACUUCUGAUGCCGCCGCACUUUUUCUGCCCAAGUUCACUGUCCUCAAUUCCGAGUCUGCCACAUCCAUCCCCCCUUUCCUGGCUGUUCAGGUCGACGAACUCCCACGAGGAAGUGAUAUCGAAUGGCAAGGUCUGGGUGGCCGAUGCGAACAAGUCAAACUUGGUACCGCAGAAGGUCCAGCUUACACCACCACCAUGGACGGCCAAUACACCUACAUUAGUAUUGAGGUUGAGGCUGGAUUGUCUGACGAUGCAUGGGACGACCGCUUGAAUUUGGCCAUAAAGACCCACUCUCAGAACCCUAGCCUAUCUCAGGCUGUGUUGUACACUUCCUAUUCGCUGUCCGAAGCUUGGCCAGGACAGGUUGUCCCAUGCCGAUCGAUUUGGGGACGAGGAGGACGAAAAUUGGGUGCAGGCAUUAUCUUGCAACAAUCACAUUAG